UCAAAAUGGUUGCUGUGAAAAAGGUCUAUUGUGGGUACUGCUCAGUCUUUCUGUAUCAGUCCUUCAGUCUCUUGUGAUCCGCAGUAAAUGAAAUGUUCAGCCGUGCUGUCGGUGGCUGUGGCCGGUGUGCGGAGCCUCUCUUCCCGGUGCAGUUGGACAGUUGUCGACCUCUGGCGUCAAAACUUCGCCAACAAGUUUCCCAUCUUGCAAUUUGACACUGCGGUCUGCCACGUAGAUCCAACUUCCUGAAGACCCUGAAGUUUCCCAGGAGCGUCUCUGGCUGCAUAACCCGUUCUCCGGAGGUCUCUCAGCCGGUAGCGUCCACAGCGGGGUCCGGUGGGCUCUCCGUGAACACAGCGGGGUGGAGGACGUCUUCCUGUCCCGUUUAACAACAGCUUACAUUCCUGGACGGACAGACGGUGAAUAACGGCUCUGUCGUCCGUAAUGCAAACUGCUCUGGGAUCUGUGAACGGGCUCUAAAGACAACCAGGACGUCUUCUGAGAAAUGAAUCCAGACAUGAUGCACAAUUUGACUGAAAUGUUCACGUAACAGGACAGAAGCAAUGGGUCGCUCCGUCCUGCUGUUGGCCAUUGUGGUGUCCACCCUGGGUGGCCUGGUCUUUGGUUAUGAGUUGGGCAUCAUCUCAGGUGCUUUGCUGCAGCUCAAGGCAGAGUUCAGACUGUCAUGUGUCCAACAGGAGGCUCUGGUCAGCUCUUUAUUGAUAGGAGCUCUGCUGGCUUCCGUCAUUGGCGGCUGCCUCAUCGACCAUCAGGGCCGCAGGAACUCCAUCCUCCUCAGCAACGUCAUGAUUCUGACCGGCAGCCUGGUCUUACUCAUCAGCUCCUAUUCUGCAUUGGUGGUGGGAAGGAUGGCAGUGGGCUUCGCCAUGUGUAUAUCCUCCAUGUCCUGCUGCAUCUUUGUAUCUGAGAUGGUUACCCCCGAUCGCAGGGGCUUCCUGGUAACACUGUACGAAGCUGGGAUCACUGUGGGCAUCCUGGCAGCUUAUGCCAUAAAUUACCUCCUGUCUGACUCUGAAAGAGGGUGGAAGUGGAUGUUUGGAUUAGCCAUUGGGCCGACUUUAAUUCAGCUGGUCUCUAUCUGGUUUCUUCCAUCUAGCACUAAGGAAUCUUUAAGCCAAAGACAUUGCUUUCAAGCUGAAAGAGACAUUAUGAGCACCAUCGAAAUCCAAGAAGCAGAUGACUCAAAAGUCAGCUCCAGCAUAGAAAACAAGAAGGUUCAGUAUAGCAUUAUGUACCUUUUCCAGCGUAAGGACAACAUGAGAACCCGGACUGUCAUUGGCCUUGGUCUGGUGCUCUUUCAGCAGUUCACAGGCCAACCCAAUGUUCUCUUCUACGCCUCCACCAUCUUCCACUCGGUGGGGUUUCAGAGCAAUGCCUCUGCGGUGCUGGCGUCUGUGGGCUUGGGGUUCGUCAAAGUGAUCGCUACCUUGACCUCCAUGGUGUUUUCAGACAGGGUGGGCAGGAGGCCUCUGCUCAUCAGUGGAUGCUCUGUUAUGGCGCUGUGUCUGAUAACCAUCGGACUCCUCAGUGGACAUUCGUUGACGAAUGCUAAGAGGCCUUGUGAUUCCGAAGACUUCAGCGUUAACAGAACAGAUGUACCUCAUUUAACUGUUGGUGAUCGGUCGGUUUUUGAUUUAACUUUCCAUGAUAGCCAAAGACUCCUUAAUAACCACACACCAGGUGAAGAUGUAGUACGUGAUCAAGUUAGACAAAGACCACUGAACACUUCUCUGGCAUCUUCUACUGGCGUCCAUGGCACAAUUGUGAACUGGAUCAUUCUUGUGUGUAUGAUGGCUGUGGUCAGUGCAUACUCCGUUGGAUUUGGACCAAUGACCUGGCUUCUCCUCAGUGAAAUAUUUCCAGCUGCUAUCAGAGGAAGGGCAUUCGCAUUCACCAACUGCUUCAACUGGGCUGCCAACUUGCUGGUCACAUUCACUUUCUUGAAUUUCAUCGAUUCGAUCGGUCUGUCGGGGAUAUUUCUUCUGUAUGGGAUGAGCGCUGUAGGAGCUGGAGUUUUCUUCUACUUCAUGCUACCAGAGACCAAAGGGAAGACUCUAGAGGAGAUAGACAAGGAGCUGCGUGUAAACAGGUUUUACCACAGUGAGGAGUGCUGUGGCUGGAGAAACACUUCCCAGCAGUACCAGAGAGUGCACUGUCAUGUUAGCACCUCAGGGUGACAUUACCAUACUGACAGGCAUCACUUAAGUGUUUGGUACACUUGCUAUAUAAAUAUAUGCGUGGUAUGUUUGUGAAACAUGUAAAUAGUGUGUUCUCUAGGUUUUUCUGUGUGAUCAUGUGUGUUGCUCUCAAACUGACACUGUGUUAGGCAUUUAAAAUUUUUUAGAACAUAGACCAGUGGUUGUCCACCUGGUGGUUUGGUCUCCCACUAGAGGUCACCAAAGCUUCACAGGGUGUCGCGAGAUCUUCUUGAUUUUAAGAGGUGUAAAAAAAAAAAAAAACUUGAAAAAUAUAUAUAGUAGGCCUGUUUCUCAGCAUUUGUGAAGAAAACUAAAUGUAACUGUUAUUUAUAAAGUUUAGAUUAUGAUUUAAGAUUAGACUUUGGAGAUAUGAACUCAGCUUCAUCCUGCAUUAGAAAAGUUCAAACAACCAAAGAGCUGAUAGAACAAUGAGAAGAAAACACUGAAUCUGUCAAAAAAGAAGCCUAUGAAGGAAGUAUAAGUAUGUUGUACUGUAUGUCAUCAAAUCAAUCAUCUCUGAUGCAACAUUCACAGAAUAUAAUCUCUCUGGCCCCAGGCUAGGUAAUAUGAAGAAACACUAUGUCGGCAAAUCUACCACAUGAGCACACUAUAAAUUAAAUUAGAUUAGAUUAUGUAAUCCUGCAGGACCAAAGGUACCAGAGUACACACAUUCCUUACUCAAGUAGAAGACUCAGUAAAAGUAGAAGCACUGACUCAACUUCUUUACUAUGUUCCAUCUUGUUAGGUCUUUUAUGUUGUUUUGGUCCUGUCUGGUUUGCAUGAUAUGGACUAUGAGCUAAGACUGUUCAUGGGAACUAUGUGUCAACAUUGAGAGGAUGCCCAAACCCAUAGUCUAAACCCUGAAGAUAUGUACGUUUGUGUACUGUACAAUUGUAAAUAAAAGAAGUUCCAAAAUCAA